ACACUGCAAGUAGCAAGUAGCCAGUAGCACAAGCGAAACAGUCGUGUGCACGCUUGCAAACCGCGUCGGGGUGCAAAUGAAAAAGUUUUUCCUCCUCGCAUAAAAUUGUUUGUGGUAAUGUUUAUGAAGUGCUGUCGUUUAGGCAGCAGUGCUCUCAAUCACCUCUUCCUUUUCACGAAGCGUGGACGACAUUGCAGGCUUUGCUCCUCAGUCAGUAAUCCUGAAACUUUCAAGGGCAGAGUCCGAAAUGGACCUACGCUCCAACAUUUCAUAGCAAAUGCUAAUCGCAACACCACAGACGAUGUUGUAUCCACACCAGAGCGUCAUCCGUACGUCCACCCCACAGAUAUCGAUGGCAAAGGCCGAAAUGUUUACUUUGAAACCUACGGAUGUCAGAUGAACGUAAACGACACAGAAAUUGCAUGGUCGAUAUUGAAAUCUGCUGGGUUUGAAAAGACAGACGACGUCAACCUGGCUGAUGUUAUUCUUAUCAUGACUUGCGCCAUACGUGAAGGCGCUGAGUCUAAGAUAUGGUUCCGACUGAAGCAACUGAAAGCUAUGAAAAAAUCCCGUAGAAAAUCGAGGGGACAACUUCAGAUCGCAGUUCUCGGGUGCAUGGCAGAAAGACUGAAGGAAAAGCUACUGGAGCAGGAGAAAGACGUUGACGUUAUUGCUGGGCCCGACAGCUACCGCGAUCUGCCGAGGCUUCUGUCGGUUGCUACGUUGGGACAGAGCGGAGUGAACGUGAUGCUGUCACUGGACGAAACCUACGCGGACGUGGUCCCAGUAAGGAUCUCGGAAAAUUCAAAGAGUGCCUUCGUCUCCAUCAUGCGUGGCUGCAACAACAUGUGUUCCUAUUGCAUCGUGCCUUUCACGAGGGGACGGGAACGGAGUAGACCCAUUACGUCCAUUUUGGAUGAAGUCCGGAUGCUGUCGGACCAGGGAGUGAAGCAGAUAACGCUGCUUGGCCAAAAUGUGAACAGCUACAGAGACACAUCUGCGGAAAGCUUCAGUCUCUUCGAGAAGCCCCGCAGUGCCGCCCAGUCUCUGAGCCGUGGCUUUAGAACGAUUUACAAAAUGCCCUCCGGCGGACUCAGGUUCGCGGAUCUUCUGCAGAAGGUUUCGGAGGUGGAUCCAGAAAUGAGGAUACGCUUCACGUCUCCACAUCCCAAGGAUUUUCCCGACGAGGUCCUAGAAGUGAUGUGUGAACAGCAUAACAUCUGCAAGCAGAUCCAUUUACCAGCACAGAGUGGAAAUAGCGAAAUACUGGAAAGGAUGAGACGCGGAUAUACCAGGGAAGCCUACUUGGACCUGGUAGAACGCAUCCGCUCCUUCCUACCGGGCGUGGCGCUGACGAGCGACUUUAUCUGCGGAUUUUGCGGAGAAACGGAGGAAGCUCACCUGGACACGCUGUCGCUCGUCGAUGCUGUACGAUACAGCUUUGCCUACGUGUUCGCCUACAGUUUGAGAGAGAAGACACACGCCCAUCGCAGGAUGGAGGAUGACGUUCCGGAGGAUGUCAAGAAGAGGAGAGUCGCGGAAGUGUUGACCGCCUUCAGAACUCGGGCGAAGGAGUUGUUUGAGAAGCAAGUUGGAACGCUGCAGCUCGUGCUUGUCGAGGGGCGGAGUCGCCGUUCUGAAGACGAUCUAGCCGGAAGGAACGACAGCAACACAAAAGUCAUCUUCGCACAAUCUGCCAUUCCCGAGUUCGAGGGCUCUGAUCGGAACAAAGAAAUUGAGCCGGGAGAUUACGUUGUUGUGAAAGUUGAAAGUUGUUCCAGCCAAGUCUUGAAGGGUACUGCAGUGUAUCACUCAACGCUGGAAAGAUUUGCCUGCAACACAUGAAAGAGCGUCCUUUGUGUAGAAAUUAGCAUUGUACAUAAAAAUAUGCAACUAUA